CAUGGCCCCCGGAAAGGGCGGGUUUGGCGAGAUGGGCGGUCCGGUGGGUGGUAUUUUGUUUCCUGCUAGCUUAAGGGGUGGGGCUCAGGGUCUCCAUGGAGACAGCUUCUACCCGCCAGACUAGCUUGGAGGAGAACGGCUGGCCUGAUGGACGCCGACAGCCUCUUGUUGUCUCUGGAGUUAGCGUCUGGCAGUGGGCAGGGACUCAGCCCUGACCGUCGGGCCUCACUGCUCACGUCCCUUAUGCUGGUGAAGCGCGAUUACCGCUUCGCGAGGGUCCUUUUCUGGGGCCGCAUCCUCGGUCUUGUGGCGGAUUACUACAUCGCACAGGGCUUGAGUGAGGACCAGCUCGCACCACGCAAGACGCUCUACAGCCUGAACUGCACAGAGUGGAGUCUCUUGCCCCCUGCCACAGAGGAGAUGGCCAUGCAGAUAUCUGUGGUGAGUGGUCGUUUUAUGGGCGACCCUUCACACGAGUAUGAACAUACAGAGUUGCAGAAGGUCAACGAAGGAGAGAAGGUCUUUGAUGAAGAAGUGGUGGUUCAGAUCAAGGAAGAGACUCGCUUGGUGUCCAUCAUUGACCAGAUUGACAAGGCUGUAGCUAUUAUCCCUCGAGGCGCCCUCUUCAAGAACCCUUUUGGAGUCACCCAUGUCAAUCGGACCUUUGAAGGCCUGCCCCUGUCUGAGGUCAGGAAGCUUAGCUCGUACUUCCACUUCAGGGAGGCUGUUGAUCUGAAGAACAAGACCUUGCUGGAGAAGUCGGACUUGGAGCCCUCGCUGGAUUUCCUGGACUCCCUGGAAUAUGACAUCCCCAGAGGGUCUUGGAGCAUCCAGAUGGAAAGGGGCAAUGCACUGGUGGUGCUGCGUAGCCUGCUCUGGCCAGGCCUCACCUUCUACCACGCUCCUCGCACCAAGAACUAUGGCUACAUCUACGUAGGCACAGGCGAGAAGAACAUGGACUUGCCCUUCAUGCUGUAGGAAGGCAGGCUGGAUAUUUAUGUGGGGUCGAAACACUCUUUCAUAAAAAAGUUCAACUGUUGGGCCUUUU